AUGAGUGGAGCGAUGGCCGCAUUUUCAAUGUAUCCUCACAGCUUGAUAAACUUUAAUAUUUGGAGAUACACUUGUGAACCCAAAGUACACUCUUUAAAGAGAAAAUUAAUGAUCCCAUUAUUAGCAAUGGAUGCUAAUUCUUCACGUCAUUUGGCUAAUUUUCAUUCAAAUGUUUGGGGAUACAAUUUCCUUUCUUACACUUCUCAACUCACCGAAAUUACUACUCAAGAAAAACUUGAAGUUGAUGAGUACAAAGAAAAAGUCAUGAACAUGUUGAUGGAAAUUCAUGACAAUAAUACACAAAAACUUGUGUUGAUAGACACAAUCCAACGAUUGGGAGUAUCAUAUCAUUUCCAUAAUGAAAUCGAAACAUCCAUUCAGAACAUUUUUGAUGCAUCGUCCCAACAUAGUGAGAAUAAUGACAACCUUCACGUUGUUUCUCUUCGUUUUCGACUUGUGAGACAACAAGGCCAUUACAUCUCUUCUGAUGUAUUCAAGCAAUUUGUGGAGAGUGAUGGAAAAUUUAAGAAAACUCUUAAUAAUGAUGUCCAAGCAUUAUUAAGUUUGUAUGAAGCAGCACAAAUGAGAGUGCACGGGGAGGAUAUUCUCGAAGAAGCUCUUACUUUUACCACUACUCAUCUCGAGUCCAUGAUCCCCAUGUUAAACAAUCCACUCAAGGUUCAAAUUAUUGAAGCCUUAAGCCACCCUAUACACAAAGUUAUGCCAAGAUUGGGAGCAAGAAAAUACAUAGACAUUUAUGAAAACAUGGAAUCACACAACCAUUUGCUCUUAAAAUUUUCCAAAUUGGACUUCAACAUGUUGCAAAAGCAGCAUCAAAGAGAGCUUAGCGAGCUUACAAGCUGGUGGAAAGAUCUGGAUCUGGCAAGCAAAGUGCCAUAUGCAAGAGACAAAUUAGUUGAGGGUUACACAUGGACAUUGGGAUUGUAUUUCGAGCCUGAGUAUAGUCGUGCAAGAAGAAUGUUAGUAAAAGUAUUCAAAAUGCUCUCAAUCUGUGAUGACACUUAUGAUGCAUAUGCAACUUUUGAUGAACUUGUGCUUUUCACCAAUGCGAUACAGAGAUGGGACAUAAACGCCAUGGAUUCAUUACCGCCAUAUUUGAGACCAUUUUAUCAAGCUAUUCUGGAAAUCUUCGAUGAAAUGGAAGAAGAAUUGACCAAAGAAGGUAAAUCAGAUCGCGUCUACUAUGGUAAAUUUGAGAUGAAAAAAUUGGCUAGGGCCUAUUUUAAAGAAGCGGAAUGGUUAAAUGCUGGCUAUAUUCCAAACUGUGAUGAGUAUAUAAAAAAUGCAAUUGUAAGCACUACCUUUAUGGCGGUUGGAACAACUUCUUUGAUUGGUAUGGAGGAAUUCAUAACAAAAGACACUUUUGAAUGGAUAACAAAUGAGCCUUCGAUUCUUCGAGCUUCAUCAACUAUCUGCAGAUUAAUGGACGAUAUUAGUGAUCAUGAAACUGACCAACAAAGAGGACAUGUAGCUUCUGUCAUUGAAUGCUAUAUGAACGAAUAUGGAGCUUCAAAGCAAGAGGCCUAUGUUAAGUUUCGGAAGGAAGUCAAGAAUGCAUGGAAAGACAUAAACAAGGCAUUACUACGCCCUAUUGAAGUACCAAUAUUUGUUCUCGAACGAAUUUUAAAUCUUGCACGGACAAUGGAUACUUUUUUCCAAGAUGAAGAAGAUGGAUAUACAAAUUCCAAUUCCAAAUGUAAAGACAUUAUUACCUUGUUGCUUGUUGAUUCUGUUACUAUAUGA